AUGCAAUCCGCUCUAAUACAAGCAAAGAUAUAUAUAUAUAUUUUAAAGUUUGUUUUUACGUAUGUAAGCGAUUGAAUUCUACAUCAUUUGUGCGCUUUAUUUCUAGUGCGUUGUAAACUGGAAUUAGAAAGAGAAAAAGUGACAUUGAAUGUGGUUUCAAUGUGUGUUUGACUGAAGUCUGUUUUUACCUUGAAUUAAAAAUGCCACGAUACGGACAGCUUGUCAUGGGCCCGGCAGGGAGCGGAAAGUCCACAUACUGCAGUAAUAUGGUGAAGCAUGCUGAAAUGCUGAAGAGAACAAUCCAUGUUGUGAAUCUGGAUCCGGCAGCUGAAUACUUUGAUUAUCCUGUGCUUGCAGAUAUCAGGGAGCUCAUACACCUAGAUGAUGCUAUGGAAGAUGAAUCUUUGAGAUUUGGACCAAAUGGGGGUCUUGUGUUUUGCAUGGAGUAUUUAGCACAAAACUUUGACUGGCUUCAAGAACAGCUGGAAGAAGUUGAAGAUGAUUAUAUCUUAUUUGACUGUCCAGGUCAGAUUGAGCUCUACACACACAUACCAGUGAUGCGGCAGUUAGUGGAUACUCUACAGAAAUGGGAUUUUCGGAUUUGUGGUGUGUUUUUAGUGGACUCUCAGUUUAUGAUUGAGCCAUCCAAGUUUAUAUCAGGAAUUCUGACCGCCUUAUCCACAAUGGUGAAUCUGGAAACACCCCAUGUAAACGUCAUGACAAAAGUAGAUCUCCUCAGUAAAAAGGCCAAGAAAGAACUAGAUAGAUAUUUGGAGCCAGAGUUACCUGUGUUACUUGCAGAAGAAUUUGAUGAUAACAGAUUGACUAAAAAAUUCAAAAAACUUAAUGACUCUAUUGCUAAAAUGAUCGAUGACUACAGUUUGGUAAAAUUCCUGCCAAUGGACAUUAGUGAUGAAGACACCAUUAACGAUGUUCUUGUACAAAUUGACACAGCCAUUCAAUAUGGAGAAGAUUUUGAACCAAAAGAAAUACCUGACAUGGUGGAUCCUGAGGAAGGGCCUGAUUGGGACAGUGGGUUUGAUGGAUGACAGAAAAUAUCACAAGCUCGAGGUCUUGCUGGUUAGGCCAGAGAAACUGCAUGGAUAUUAGUUAUAUUCUGUUUUUACAUGUUGAUGACUGACAGACCCAGGAGAUGUAUAAAUGUGCAUCUCAUUACUUGUGAAAUUGGUCAAUGUGAAACACUGAAUUGGAUUUCUUUGAAGAUUCUGUUUAUUUAAAAUCACAGAAUGUCUGACCUGAUUUAAUUAUCAUUGUGGCACAUGUAAUAAUAUUCAUACGAUUUGAAUGGUUUAUCUAUGUCAAAUGACAGUCACUGUUGAUUAAAACAGAAAGAUUGAAUACAAUUAA